AUAGACACGGUAGUUGCAGAGGAUACCCGGAAGUUGGUGCAAGCAGAGGAAGCCAAGGCCUCAGCGAAAGCUCGUUUUGCAGGAGCCAUUGCUGCGGAUGCCCAGAAAGACUUGGACCUGGCUCUGCCCGCCCUCGACUCUGCGCUCAACAGCCUCAAGUCCCUCAACAAGAACGAUAUCACUGAGGUGCGAGGCAUGCAGCGCCCCCCCCAGGGGGUGAAGCUGGUUAUGGAGGCAGUGUGCAUCAUGAAGGGCAUCAAACCCAAAAGGGUACCUGGAGAGAAGCCUGGCACCAAGGUGGACGACUACUGGGAGGUUGGUAAGGGUCAGCUUCAAGACCCUGGCAAGUUUCUGGAGAGCCUCUUUAACUUUGAUAAGGAAAACAUCCCAGAGAGCGUGAUCAGUUUAGUCCAGCCCUACAUAGAUAACGAGGAGUUCCAGCCAGCCAACAUCGCCAAAGUUUCCAAAGCCUGUACCUCUAUUUGCCAGUGGGUGCGAGCCAUGCAUAUAUAUCACUUUGUUUCCAGGGGUGUGGAAGUUAAGAGGACAGCCCUCAAGGAGGCCUCGGAGGACUUAGCAGCCACGCAGCUCAUCCUGGAUGACGCCAAUGAAAAGCUGGCGGUGGUUGAGGGCGGCAUUGCCACUUUGCAGGCCAAGUACCAGGCCUGUGUGGCCAAGAAAGAUGAGCUGGACCAAAAAUAUCAACUGUGUGAGGCCCGCCUCGUCCGAGCAGACAAGCUUAUUGGUGGGCUGGCAGAUGAGAAGGUGCGUUGGAAGGAAACAGUGCUAAAUCUGGAGUACAUGGUCAAUAAUGUGGCCGGCGAUGUGCUUCUGUCUGCUGGAUACCUCGCAUACCUGGGACCCUUCACUGGAGAGUACAGGGCAGCCAUGGCAGAGGAGUGGCUGCAGUGUUUCAAAAAGCUAAAUGUUCCACACACUGCCGAACCAAACCUGAUCAACACCUUCGGAGACCCGGUCAAGAUCCGCUCAUGGCAGAUAUCAGGUCUGCCCAAGGAUAACCUCUCAGUGGAGAACGGUGUGAUCACCCAGUACUGUCUGCGCUGGCCUUUAUUCAUCGAUCCUCAGGGACAAGCCAACACUUGGAUCAAAAACAUGGAGAAGGACAGUAGAUUGGAGGUCAUUAAGUUAAGUGACCGGGACUUCCUCCGCAGUCUUGAGAAUGCCAUUCGCUUUGGGAAACCCUGCCUCUUGGAGAAUAUAGGAGAGGAGUUGGAUCCUGCCCUAGAGCCUGUCUUGCUGCAACAAACAUUUGUGCAGAGAGGCAGCACCAUGCUGAAGCUGGGGGACACAGUCAUCCCUUACCAACAAGGCUUCAAGAUGUACAUCACCACCAAGCUGCCUAACCCACACUACUCUCCAGAGGUGGCCACCAAAGUCACCCUCAUUAACUUCACCCUGUCACCAAGCGGUCUGGAGGACCAGCUGCUGGGCCAGGUGGUGGCUGUGGAGCGUCCAGACCUGGAGGAGGCUAAGAACCAGCUGAUCAUCAGCAACGCCCAGAUGAAACAGGAGCUGAAAGAAAUUGAGGAUGAGAUCCUGUUCCGACUCAGCUCCACUGAGGGAAACCCCGUGGACAACGAGGAACUCAUCCAAGUGUUGGGAGCUUCCAAGAUCAAAGCUGGAGAGAUCAAGGCCAAAGUGGUGGUGGCAGAGCAGACGGAGAAGGACAUCGACGCCACCCGCCUGGAGUACGUUCCAGUGGCUGUGCGCACACAGAUCCUAUUCUUCUGUGUAUCGGACCUGUCGAAUGUCGACCCCAUGUACCAGUACUCACUGGAGUGGUUCCUCUCCAUCUUCAUGGCUGGCCUGGCCAACUCUGAGAAAGCAGACACGGUGGAGGAGAGGAUCGCCAACAUAAAUGAGUUUUUCACCUUCAGCCUGUACAGCAAUGUGUGCCGCAGCUUAUUUGAGAAGAACAAACUCAUGUUUGCCUUUCUCCUGUGCGCUCGCAUCAUGAUGAAUGAGAACAAAAUUGAUAUGGCUGAGUGGCGUUACCUGCUGUCUGGAGGGAUGCCCGUCCAGGAGCUGACGAACCCAGCAGUGAGUUGGCUGUCGGAGCGAGCCUGGCAGGACAUUCUGGGCCUCAGCGCUCUGGACAACUUCAGAAACCUGGCAGAGAGCUUCCCCGAACAUCUGCAGGGUUUCAAGAGCAUCUUUGAUAGCAACCAGCCUCACAGGGACCCUCUCCCAGGACAGUGGGACACCGAGCUGGACUCGUUCCAGAAGCUAAUGGUGCUGCGCUGUCUGAGGGCCGACCGUCUUGUUCAGGGCCUGCAGGACUUUGUCUCGGCUCAGCUGGGACAACGUUUCAUAGAGCCUCAGACGUCAGACCUGUCGGUGGUCUUCAAGGAGUCUUCCCUCUCCACCCCCCUCAUCUUUGUGCUCUCCCCUGGCACAGACCCCGCUGCUGACCUCUACAAAUUUGCGGAUGUCAUGCAGUUCUCCAAGAAAAUGAGUGCCAUCUCUCUAGGCCAGGGCCAGGUCAGAGCCAGGGGCUGCUCUCUCUCUCUCUCUCUCUCUCUCUCUCUCUCUCUCUCUCGCAGAACCAGGCCGUUCUCAUCUCACUUGUUAAGAAUGGCCACCUAUGUGAUAAUUGCUUUCUCUAUUUAUGGCCGUGGGACAGGGCAAUGUACUCAACUAUUUUAGGCAGAUGCUCGAUUCCAGGACACCAAAAAAAGCACCAAAAAAAUAACAACACCUCAUGUGUAGGUUUUGGGAUGAAUGCAGACUCAUAUUCCACCCACCGGAAACUAGCCAAACAUUUCUCCAAGCAAAACACUCUCCCCCUGAGGUCGUUCAAAAGGUGUUCGCGUGUGUUUGUCACAUCACUUGCAAUUAUGUGAGUUAGACUCUUGGCUUGUGCUGCGCUGUUACAUCAGCCUGUCCUAGUUUUACAUCUCCAUUGAACCUAGUGCUCUUAAAUGUUUCAGUAAGACUGCAAGAAUGUCAAACUAGCAACAGGGAGAUGUACAGU